AUGCAAAUUGACAUUUGUUAAUAACCUUGGGAACAUAAUUUCACAUAAAAAAAAAUAAAUUAAACCUUAUAACUAAAGGUUAACAAAUCAGAAGAACUUCGAUAUGUAAUGAUCGAAUUAUUUGUUCUAUCAAAAAAACACUAGGUAAAUCUACUAUUAUUGUAAUCUUAUAAAGAAGCUCCUUGUUAUGAGAAUAAUUCAUCCAGAAAAUAAAUUAGAUUUGAAAAUGCUGACUUGUAUGGGUAUUUAAUUCAAUAUUUAUAAUUAGAAAAUAAUAAUAAAAAAAAUAUCACUACAUAAUCUUAGAUUAGGAAAAUAAGACUGAAAUUAAUUAGUAUUUAGUUAUUCUAACAAAUCAAACUACUUCAUAUAAGUUGGUUAUAAAGAAUUUACAUUCGAGACCAUGUCCAAAUAAUUGUACUAAUAAUGGCAUUUGUAAAGUAUCAAUAUGAUAAAAAAUAGGAUGGUAUAUGUAUAUGUAAAUCUGGAUAUCUAGAUGGUGAUUGUUCAGAAAAAGGAUUACUUAUUCCUCCAUUUUAAUAGUUUAAAUAAAAAAAUAUUGAUCAAUAAUUUAAAUACAUUUACACAUAGUUUAACUUUACUCCUGGAUUCAAAUUGAGUAUUAAAUUUUCAGAAUAAUGGUAGAACAAGACUGAUGUAAGAGUUCAAAUCUUAAUAUCGUAAUAAUUCAAUUUACCUUCUAAUUUUAAUAAUACUUAUGAUGAAAUAAUAAAUGUCAAUAAGACACUCCAAUAUUAAAUAAUAUCAAAUAUUGAUCAAAUUGAUAACUAAAGAAUGUAAAGUGUCUAAAACUAAUCUUAUUUUUUAGUAAUCAAAAUAAUUUCUUAAAAAAGAGCAAAAUGUUGUUUAUCUAUUGAUUUUUAGGAAUUAGAAAACAUAGAUGAUUAUGAAAAAAUAAUGAAAAUUCUAUUACUUUUUUUUUUAAUUACACUCAUUUUGUUUUGUUUUGGCAUAUUUGGAUAUAUUUGUUUUAGAAUGAAAUAAUAAAAUGAGAAUUUAUAUUAAUCUCCAAAUUCUGAUGAUUUAUUAAACUUUAAAGAAUGCCCUAUAUGCUUAGAUAAUUUUGAAAUGGAUUAAUUAAAUAGCUUGAUUAAAUUGAGAUGUAAACACAUAUUUCAUAGCGAAUGUUUAAGAAUUUGGAGGACAUAUUAGAUUACCGAUAAUCGAUUAGAAUUAAUCUGUCCUUGUUGUAGAUAACUAAUAGAAUGA